UGUUGCUGUAGUGCACAAUGUAAAUGAAAGAAAUAGUACUUAUUUCGUUUGUACAGCUAUAGCAACCCCGCUAUAAUAAUCUUGGCGUCUUUAUUUGAAGUGGUUUAUAUUUCUGUGUUAGAUGUUAAUUUUUGUAAAUAAUAAUGGAUUUUGUAGAUUCAGAUGAAAGUGAUUUCGAUUUUGAUGUUCUACAAGUAAUCGUUCUUCGACGAAAAAGAAAAAUAAAAGAACGUCCAGAUUUUUUUCAUUAUUACGAUGAUGUUGAUUUUCGUGAUCGAUUUCGUAUGUGCAAAGAUGCUGCUUGGUUUAUUUUUUCUUUAAUAAAAGAAAAAAUUUAUAUUGGAACACGCAACAACGCUAUGCAACCACAUCAAAUGUUUUUCAUUACACUCAGGUUCUAUGCAUCAGGAUCUUUUCAGCAAACUGUGGCAGAUCUUUGCGGCGUUUCAAAAACAAGUGCAUCACGGGCUAUUAAACUUGUAUCUCAUCAUAUUGCUUCUUUACGGGCAGAUUUUGUUAAACUCCCUCAGACGGAACAGGAGCGUUUGAGCACACAGGCUGCUUUUAAAGAAAUUUCAAAUUUUCCGCGUGUAAUUGGCGCAAUGGAUUGCACCCAUGUUAAAAUCAUGUCGCCAGGUGAUUAUGUAAGAUUACUAGUUAAAAAACAAUAGUAAUAGCACCAUUUCUAUACAGGAGGUG